UAUAAAAUUUUAAUUUAGAGUGAUCUAAGAUGGGUAGUUCCCUUUGCUGCCUGGCUGAAGCAAACAUAAACAUGAAAAUAUUAUCACAGGAGAGGUCACGGCGUGAGGCCGCCGCCACGGUCGCCGUGAGGUCGGAGCGCCGGGCUGCACCAUGGCCUACUGCCGGCAGGAAGGGAAGGAUCGAAUCAUAUCUGUGACCAAAGAAGACCAUGAAACUCCAAGCAACGUGGACCUGGUGGCCGACGACCCCAAUGAUCCUUAUGAGGAGCACGGACUGAUCCUGCCCAACGGAGACAUCAACUGGAACUGCCCGUGCCUGGGGGGCAUGGCCAGCGGCCCGUGUGGGGAACAGUUCAAGGCGGCCUUUUCCUGCUUCCACUACAGCACAGAAGAUGUCAAGGGGUCGGACUGUGUAGACCAGUUCCGGGCCAUGCAGGAGUGCAUGCAGAAGUACCCGGACCUCUAUCCCCAGAAGGAGGAGAAGCCAGCGGAUGGAUUAGAGGAAACGGCUGUCUCUGAGGCUGCCACGACCAAAGUAGAGGGGUCCAGCUAAUGAGGGCCCUGGUCUCCAGCCUCCUUCAGAGAGGAUGAACCUCUCCAAGAAAGUGUCUCUCCCUCUGUUGUUCUGUGCACUGUAAUGUACAAAAUAACUUAUUGAGUGAUCAGGGGUCUUGGCCCCUUGACAUGUACACUGAAACAUGGGUUGUUUGUAUGUGUGUCUCACAUAACCUGUCAGCGAAUGUAGCCACUUUUGAAUUCUCAGAUUGUCCUGAAUUUUGCCAUUUUGAAAUAAUGUGCUGAAUAAUCUCAACAACCAAAAAUCUUUAUCUGGGAGUGUCUCUUGUGAGUGAGCUGAUCUAUUCUGAUUCAUUGUAUCCCUUUUAGUAGAUUUUAUACCCAGUUGGAAAGUGAGAUAGAAACAAACAUCUUCCUUUAAAAAUGCUGGAGGGGGGCCAUUCCUUAUAGAAGAGGUGGGAUGAUCAGACCUUGAGUAUUGGACGAAGCACUCUGCUUCAUUUCUGAUAUAUUUUGGUUUCUAGUUUGCAUUGAGCUCCACGUUUUCUACGUUUGGAAAACAGAGCUUUGGACCCUCUGAGUGACUCCCUUUGUAAGUGAAGAGAAAGGCUGUUUUUUUCUCUUCUUGUUAUCCCAAAAGCCCUGCUUUGGGGUCUGUGUUCACACUGGCUCUGUCUCAGCCUGUUCAGAUGCAAUGUUCUUGAGAGGUGGGGACCUAAUCAUUACCAAAGUAGCACCUGAGAGGGGAAACGGUGUCAAUUAAAAGGGAAACAUGAUUUUUACCAGAAAAAAAAAAAUUAUCACAAGUAUGGUUCCAUGAAACAUGUGCUUACAAUUAAAAAAAAAAUCACAAAACACACAGGGAAACAAGUCACUCAGAAUGAGUUACUCAAAGAGCAGAGGCAGACACAAAGACUGCAGAAAUUGGAAUUAUUAGAAGUAGAUAUGUGUUUAAUAUAUUUAAAGAAAUAAAAACGUCAAACUAUGAGGAAGUAACAAGAGACCGUAAUAUUUGCAAAAGAAGCUCUGAAUAUGAGAAACAGAUGAAUGGACAAAAUUACUCAUCAUCUCAAUAUAUAUGUAAGGCGUUUAUUAUAAAUCUACUAAAGGACAUUAAAAAAGGCCAAUAUAAAUGAGGAGACGUACCAUAAAAUCAUAGACAGAAAGGCUUCAUAUUGUAAACUUGUCGAUUUUUCCCAAUAUUGAUCAACAGAGUCAGUGAAAUUCCAAUAAAAACGCCAGCAAGGUUUUUCCUUGGGCAUGCCCAAACUAGUUCUAAAAUGUAUCUGGGGACUUCCCUGAUGGCACAGUGGUUAAGAAUUCUCCUGCCGGGCUUCCCUGGUGGCGCAGUAGUUGAGAGUCCGCCUGCCGAUGCAGGGGACACGGGUUCGUGCCCCGGUCCGGGAGGACCCCACAUGCCGCGGAGCGGCUGGGCCCGUGAGCCAUGGCCGCUGAGCCUGCGCGUCCGGAGCCUGUGCUCCGCAACGGGAGAGACCACAACAGUGAGAGGCCCGCGUACCGCAAAAAAAAAAAAAAAGAAUUCUCCUGCCAAUGUAGGGGACACAGGUUUGAUCCCUGGUCGGGGAAGAUCGCACAUACUGCAGAGAAACUAAGCCCAUGCACCACAACUACUGAGGCUGCGUGCCACAAAUACUGAAGCCCGAGUGCCUAGAGCCCGUGCUCCGCAACAAGAGAAGCCACCAGAACGAGAAGCCCACGUACCGCAAUUAGAGAAAGCCCGCACACAGCAAAAUGAAGACCCAAUGCAGCCAAAAAUAAAUAAAUAAAAAUUUAUAAAAAAAAAAUAAAAUGUUUGGAGGAAGGUCAAAAAUGGCAAACACACCCGGAGGAACAACAGAUCAGAGGGCUGGCCCUACCAGAUACAGUGUUGUAAAAGCUACAGAAGUUAAUUGUUGUAAAAGCUACAGCAUGAUAUUGGUACAGGGAUGUCAAACUGACUGAAGGGACAGUAUACAGAGCAGAAAUACACGGAGCUCUGACAUAUGAGAGGUGGCAGUGCAGUCAGGAGGGGAAAGGAUGGCCUGAACUGGUUUUCCCGACUCCAGUCUUUCCCUCCAAACGGUUCUCCAUAUGCCACCAGUAUGAGCUUGCUAAAACACAGAACUGGCUGUGUUAAUUCUCCAGCACAUGCAUUCUACAACACCCUACUACCUACUGUGGCUUCCUCUCGUGUGUAUAUUAAUAGGUACUUCAAUGGUUACAUAAAUCGGAGAAAUGCUGGACUAAACAAAAUUAAAUAGGAAUUUUUUAUAGCAAGACUUCUCCAAGAUAUUGAUAGUCAAAUAAGGACCGUGCACCUCUAAAGGGGGAAUAGCACAUCCGGUUGAUUUCCCUAAACUUGUCAGGUCAAGGUAUUAACAUUUUUUUUUUUUAAUAGCAGCUUGAGGAACUGGUAUUUCGUGGAACAUACACUGGGAAUCAAAAUGGUUACUUCCUUAACUGAUACAGCAGCCAGGCAAUGUGUGUGGGUGCAACGGUUUAGAACAGGGAAGAGCCACUGGGUCCUGGCUCCUCUGUGUUCUAGCUCUUCACUUUGGUCAAGUUACCUAACUUCGUGGUUCAGUUUCCACAGUUAAAAAAUGAGAAAAACAAAUUAUAUAUACGUGUAAUGCCUAUCAUAGGAUUGCUGAGAGGAUUAAAUGAGCAACUAAUAACAAAAUACAUUUUUUCCUGCUUCUCCCUACCCCUUACAACUGGAGAUGUAGUUAGAAUGAGUUAUUCAAAUGAGUCCAAGACUUACUUAUGCUUUUACUAUUGCCCUGAAUGGCUUGCCCCAUUUCCUGUAUACUUAAGUCCUAUUUUUAAAGACUAGCUCAAAAGAAAAGCUCUUUGGAGAAGUUUCCUUAAUCCAAUUGAUGCUUUUCCCCAUUUUGAGUCCACAGUCUUUUCUCUGUCAAUUACAGCUUUCAUUAUGUUAUAUCAUGUAAUUAACUUCCUGUUUUUCAGGUUAGAAUAAAUCAGGAAGGUGGGUAAUGUUUAGUCCGUACAUUUUUUAAAUGAGUUGGGUAUUUUAAAAGUAAUUUAAAAAAUUACAAGAGAAAACAAUUUAAACAGAAAGUUGGAUUCAGAGGAAAUAAUGAAAGACAACAAUGAAGAUACUGAGUUUUAGUAUGUGUCAAGGGCAUGGUGUUAUAUUUUUUACUUAAAAAAAUUUUGAUUUCUGGCCCCAACCUACUAAAAAAUAAGGAGAAAUUUAUUAAAGAAUCCUGUGUACCUAUAAUACUUUGUAAAUAAAAUCCAGGCAUCUUGUAACAAAUUUUGCUUAUAAUUUGAUUCCCAUAGUUGUAAUAUGAAACAUAAAUAAAAUUAAAAGCAAACAAAAAAUGAGGCCAUUACUUGCAUAUAUUUGCAGUUAAUAUCCUUAAUAGCACAAACUGAGAAGAAAAGUGCUUAGAUUGAAAUUCUCAAUAUUUAUGAAAAAUGGUUUAAUCUUACUGGUAACAAAAGAUUUUGAAGGAAAAAAAUGUUAGUCAAAUCAAGAAAUAUUAUACAUAAAGAGAUUAUUUGUAAUAGAGAUAACCUGGGGGGGGAAAAACCCUAAAUAUAUGUAUAAUAAGGGAUGACUAACUAAAUUAAGGUUUAUCUGUAUGAAACCAUUUAAAAGCCUAUAUAUCUAGUUCUUAUAAACAUAGGUAAAUAUUUAAAAAUAUAAGUUUCAGAAGGACAUGGUCCUCACCUAGCUUGUUUUCAGUUUUAUUCCUAGGGCAGAGAAUAAGUCCUGGCAGAUAGACUUUUUCUUAAUUAAAAACUUUUUUUAUGAAGACUUUUUUUAAAAGAGCAGUUUUAGGUUCACAGCAAAAUUGAGGGUAAGGUACAGAGAGUUUCCAUAUACUCCCCGCCCUCACACAUGUACAGCCUCCCCCAUUAUCAGCAUCUCCCACCAGAUGGUACACUUGUUACAAUCGAUGAACCUACACUGACACAUAAUAAUCACCCCAAGUCCAUGGUUUACAUUAGGGUUCACUCCUGGUCUUGUACAUUCUAUGGGUUUGGACAACUGUAUAAUGACAUGCACCCACCAUUAUAUUAUACCAUACAGAGUAUUUUCACUGCCCUAAGAAUCCUCUCUGCUCUGUCUAUACAUCCUUCCUCUCAUCCCAACCCCUGAUCCCCACUGAUCUUUUUACUGUCUCCAUAGUUUUGCCUUUUCCAGAUUGUCACAUAGUUGGAAUCACACAGUACAAAGCCUUUUCAGAUUGGCUUCUAUCGCUUAGUAAUACGCAUUUAAAAUUCUUCCUUUUCAUGGCUUGAUAGCUCAUUUCUUUUUGCCUCUAAUAUUCCAUUGUCUGGAUGGACCACAGUUUAUUUAUCCACUCACCUACUGAAGGACAUCUUGGUUGCUUCCAAGUUUUGUCAAUUAUGAAUAAAGCUUCUAUAAACAUC